GUACUAGGAGGUUCAGUUGAUAAAGAAGAAUCAUUUGACAAUUGUGUGAAAAGAAAAGUUCAAAAAGAAGCUAAAGUAGAAUUAGACAAGUUUGAGUUUAUUAUUUUUGAUAAAGGGUUUUGUUUCUUCUCUAAUAAAGGCAAGGAGUUCUUGUAUAAGACUGCUAUCUAUUUUGUUAUAACUGAUGAAAUACUUGAGCAAAAAGAACUUGAUAGGAAUAAUGAAUAG